AUGGAGUUCGAGAAGAGUCGAAUCGAACGUACAUUUUUGUUGGCACCACGUCUAAAUGCUUUCGUGAACCACUCUCAGGGAGGUCAACUUUCCAGAGCUAUCCCUCCAGCUCGUGAACAAGGAGGUGGCGGCGGAGGCUGCGGAGGAGGCGGCGGUGGAGGUUACCCUGUUCCUCCUCCACCAUCAUACGGAGGUGGUGGCGGUUACUCUGGAGGCGGUGGAUAUUCUGGCGGAGGUGGAGGCAGCUACGCAUCUGCUGGCGGCGGCGGUUAUUCUGGCGGAGGUGGUUACGCUGGCGGAGGUGGCGGCAACUCUUACGCUGGAAAGAAGUAA